CUUCCCUGAAGGCCGGCUCACCACUGCUGCCGAGUGUCGAGCUGGGAGCUUUGCAGGCCGGCUCCUGAAACAGUCCCCCCCCUUGAGCGUCACCAUGGGCUGCACAAGCUCCAAGCCCGAGGGCGGACCAGAGACCGCCACCAAGGCCGCCCCGCCUCCCAAGGCGGCAGUGACGCAGUCCGGCAACAGCAAGCAGCAGGGACCCGUCGGCAACACGGUCCUGGGCAAGCCGCUGUCGGACGUGUCGGCCGAGUACACGCUGGGCAAGGUGCUGGGUCGCGGCCAGUUUGGCACCACACGCAUCGCAGACCGCAAGGGGCAUCAGCAGAGCUUUGCCUGCAAGUCGAUCGCCAAGCGCAAGCUCACGUGCCAGGAGGACAUCGACGACGUGCGGCGGGAGGUGCAGAUCAUGCAUCACCUCAAGGGCCACGAGAACAUCACCUUCCUGCAGGGCGCAUACGAGGACCGGCAGGCGGUGCACUUGGUCAUGGACCUCUGCUCUGGCGGAGAGCUGUUCGACAGGAUUGUGGCCAAGGGCAACUACAGCGAGAAGGACGCAUCGACAUUGGUCCGUGAUAUUGUCAAGGUGGUGGCCCACUGCCACUCCAUGGGCGUCAUGCACAGGGAUCUGAAGCCUGAGAACUUCCUCCUGGAAAGCAAGGCGGAGGAUGCGAGCAUCAAGUGCACUGACUUUGGGCUGUCCGUCUUCUUCAAGCCUGGCCAGAAGUUCAAGGAGGUGGUGGGCUCCGCCUACUACGUGGCGCCCGAGGUGCUGAAGCAGAGCUACAGCAUGGAGGCCGACAUCUGGAGCUGCGGCGUCAUCCUGUACAUCCUGCUCAGUGGCGUGCCGCCCUUCUGGGGCGAGACUGAGAAGCAGAUCUUCAAGGCCAUCCUGGAGGGCAAACUGGACCUGCAGAGCGACCCAUGGCCUAAGAUCAGCGCGGAGGCCAAGGACUGCGUGCAACGCAUGCUCGAGCCGCGCCCAUCUAAGCGCGCCACGGCUGACGAGAUCCUGCAGCACCCGUGGAUGCGCGAGAAUGGUGUGGCUACCGACAAGCCCUUGGACAAUGUCAUCCUCAAGCGCAUGACCAACUUUGCCAACCACAACAAGCUGAAGCGCCAGGCCAUGAAGGUCAUCGCCAGCGCCAUGCCGGUCGAUGAAAUUGCGGGACUGGCCGAGAUCUUCAAGUCCAUUGACGCCGACGGGUCAGGCACCAUCACUGCGGACGAGCUGAGCACAGCGCUCAAGAACAAGGGCAGUCUACUAAAGAAGGAGGACCUGGAGGGGCUGUUAGCGCUGAUUGACCAGGAUGCCUCAGGAUGCAUCGACUAUGAGGAGUUCCUGGCUGCUACGCUGAGCCAGCACCAGAUGGAGAAGGCUGAGAACAUGCGGGCUGCCUUCCUGCAUUUUGACAAGGACGGCAGUGGCACCAUCAGCAGGGAUGAACUGCGAGAGGCGCUCAAGACCGGCUUCACUGGCAGCUUGGACGAGGAGGUUGAGAAGAUCUUGGACGAGGUGGACAAGAAUGGCGACGGCCAAAUUGACUAUGACGAGUUUGUGGCACUGAUGACGGGCCAGGCAGAGAAAAAGGCAGCACAGCGCGGCCUGUCCAAGCGCAUCGAGUCGCGUGGCAAUCUGAAUGCAUACAAGGCUAAACACAGCCUGAAGUUCUAGAGGCCAGCGGCAGGGCUUUAUGGACCUUCUAACCAAGGCAUGGGGCAUGCGAUAAACCGGCCUGCCACACCUGUCUUCACACAUGCAUUAUUUAUUCCUGUUGACAUCCCACUUUCCUUCCAUUAGGCCAUACCGACUGCGCCCCCUUUGUUGCACUUUCCCGGUAAGCUGUGAACCCAUUGACACCUCGCAUUACAAUGUUGGAGAAAAUUCAAGAACAUGGGGCUGUCACAAACGGGGCCGGC